CUAAGGCUUAUUUGAGGGUUCAAACUGGACAAAUUGCAAUAAAUGGUUUUAAAGCCACGGGAAUUUAUCCGUUUGAUAAACAUAUUUUCACAGAUGCAGAUUUUAUAGCUGGGAACUCAUCAUCAUCAGGUACAAUUCAGUUUUAAAUAUAAAAAAUCUUGCUAGAUAUAUUGUCUUCUCAGAGGAUCCAGUUGAAACUAUAAAUUCAACGACAGAAGAAACCCCAAGCGCAUCAGCCAUGGAAAUUGAGCCUGAAAUUCAAGCAAGCACAAGCCGAAGACUCGUUACUCCCUGGGAAAUAUCUCCACCACCAAAGCUACGAGAUCCACCACCUAAUCGGAAAGGCCGGAAAACAAAGGCAACUGUUUUAACAACUUCGCCUUAUAAGUGUAAUUUGUUACAGAGCAUUGAAAGCAUUAACAUUAAUCCAUCCCCAAAACCCUCUAAUAAAAAAAAUAUUUCUACCAAAUCGUUUGUUGACUCGCAUUCAAGUGACAGUGAAGAGGAGUUUCCAGAUGUUCCACCAACAAAAGAAUCGUCUUGCAACUACUGUGGCAAAAUUUAUGGGCAGGAUAUAAUAAUGAAGCCUUGGACCUCUUGUCUGCAAUGCGAACAAAUUUGGGCCCACGAAAAGUGUAUUCCCAAUCGAAGUGCUAUUUUUCUUUGCGAUUCUUGUAAGUAAUAUUGUAAGUAAUACUCUUACAAGUGCUAUGAAUUUUAUUGUUGCGUUUUUUGUCAAUUGAAGCUUAAAAUAUUUUUGUUCAAUAUGUUUUAAUUCAGUUCAUAUUCCUUUUUUAAAUGGUUCGCAAUAAAAUUUUAGUUAUCAAUCAAAAGUAACUGACUUAUUAUUAAAAGCAUCAUAUGCGGGUAAUGUGGUAUACUAUACCACAU